CCACGAAACAGCACUGCAUCCCUGGGCAUGUUACUUAGACUAAUCCUGUUUUCUCAUCUGUAAAAUGAGCGUAGGAAUAAUAUUUGCCUCAUAGCGUUGUUCUAAGGUGAAACGAGAUAGCACUGGUGAAGGUCAAGCCCAGAAUAUAAUAUGCCCUCGAUAAAUAUUCCCUGCUGUCAAUGUUACAAAGAUUUUUGGAUAUCUCUCUAAGUUCUCCCAACCAGGCUGUGAGGUCGGCAUUACCACCCCAUUGGAGCACAUUUAAAAACCUCAUUUGCAGAGAGCUAAAGUGCUUUACUCACUGGUGAAUGAGUUGAGUUUUAAAACGAGGCCUAUUCACUCCUAGUCUCACGAUCUUUGUAAUAUACAUUUGCCUCUAACUACACCCAUUGGGUUUUCUUGCACAAUGACUUGCCCUCUGUGUGCCUUAGGCAGCAGUUAUGCUAUAUGUUUUGGUAAUCAAACCAUUUGAUCUCUUUUGCUUAGGUCACAAGGCAUAAUUGAAGCUUCUAGGCUCUUCCUGCCUCCUGCACUGUUGUCUUACACUUCUGCAGCCCUGAUUAGAUUUUAGAAAAGGUCCAGAUCACCAGACACUUGAACCUUAGGGCUCCAAGUGCAGGUUCUGCUAAUGGAAAUGUGGCUUCUGGGCCCAGACUGAAACAAAACUAUUCCAGUAAAGUAAAAAGCAGAAGGCCCCAGGAACACAAAUCACACUUGGAAGAACAUACUCCUGAGCUGAAACCUCUCCCUAGAAUUUCAGUGUGGAAGCAGAAAAAUCCGUGAAAGGAACAUAUUGAAGAGUUACUGGACCAGAAUUUUCCUCUCCAGUGUGAGCAAAGUCUGGGUGAUAACACCAUAUUCAAAGACCGUUGAUUAUUGUGGCUCAGCAAAGCUUCAGUUCAACUUUCAGAAGAUGUGAGCUGCAAUUGAAGGGAAUGGAGCAUCUGAAAAUGAACAAAUUCCAGAGAUCGGUUUCCUUCAACGACCUGACUGUGGACUUCACCCAGGCUGAGGGGCAGCAGCUGGACCCCCCUCAGAGGCUCCUGUACAGGGACGUGAUGCUGGAGAACUACAGUAACCUAGUCUCGGUGGGGUAUCACGUUAGCAAACCAGAUGUGCUCUUCAAAUCGGAGCGAGGAGAAGAGCCAUGGACAGUGGAGGGAUUCUCACAUCGGAACCACCCAGGUGUUGAUGAUGCCUCAGAGAAAGACAAGGAAAUCCAAGGCAGACAUUUGAGGCACAUUGUUUUCUUCAACAGUAAAACACUGGUUACAGAGAGAGCUGAUGUAUUUGGGAAAACAUUUAAUAUGGGCACAAAUAUUGUUCCCUCAAGAAAAACACAGUACAACUAUAACAAUGUGAAAACUAAUUCAGAGGUAAUUGUUGCAAAGAAAAGCUGUUUUAAAAAGGUUCCUGAUGAAUACAGUGGAGGUGGAAAACCACUACUCCACUCUAAGCAUGAGAAAAGUCAUUCUGGAAUAAAAAAAUACAAAUAUAAUCCAAUUUGGAAAGCCAGAAGUCAAAAUGAAUAUCUUAUUCUGCACCAGAACAUUCAGACUUUGAAACAACUUUUUGACUAUAAUAAAUGUGGGAAAACUUUCUUCAAAAGGGCAGUCAUCAUUACACAGAAGAGGGUACAUGCUUACAGGAAACUAAAUGAAUGUAAUGAAUGUAGGAAAACCUUUUCUAAGAAGUCCACUCUCGUGGUACAUCAGAGAAUUCAUACAAGGGAGAAACCCUAUGUUUGUAAUGACUGUAGGAAAACCUUCUGUGUAAAGACAAACCUCACUCGAUACCAAAGAAUUCAUACUGGAGAGAGACCCUAUGAAUGCAGUGAAUGUGGGAAAACCUUCACUGACAAAUCAGCCCUCAUUGUACAUCAGAAAAUUCACAGAGGGGAGAAAUCCUAUGAGUGUAAGGAAUGUGGAAAGACCUUUCAAAAGUCAGCCCUCACUGAACAUUUCAGGUCACACACAGGGGAGAAACCUUAUGACUGCAAGGAAUGUGGGAACGCCUUCAGCAAGAAAUCUUGCCUUGCUGUUCACCAAAGAACUCAUGGAGGAGAGAAACCCAGUGAACGUAAGGAAUGUGGGAAAACCUUAUUCUGUCAGUCAGCCCUUACUGCACAUCAGAGAAUUUGCACAGGAGAGAAACCCUAUGAAUGUUGUGAAUGUGGGAAAACCUGUCAGUCAGCCUUCAGUGUGCAUCAGAGAACUCAUACGGGAGAGAAACCCUGUGAAUGCAGUCAAUGUGGGAAAUUUUUAUGUACUAAAUUGACCCUCAUUGCGUAUCAGAUAACUCAUAGAGGAAAAGAAUUUUAUGUAUGUAAUGAAUGUGGGAAAUCCUUUUGCCAUAAGUCAACACUCUCUAUAUACAUCAAAGCUCACACAGGAGAGAAACACGAUGUGUUUAAGAAAUGUGGUAGAACAUUCAUUAUGAGGUCAGACCACAAUGAACAUAAGAGAAUUCACACAAAGGAGAAUCUUUAUGAGUGUAAUGAACGUGGGCAUGCCAUCAGCAAAAGCUCACACCUUGUUGAACAUCAGAAAACUAUAGGGGAGAGACCAUAUGAAUAUAACGAAUGUGGGGGAACCUACUGCCGGAAGUCAGCCCUCACUCACCACCAGAGAACGCAUACAGAAGAGAGACCCUAUGGGUGUAAUGAAUGUGGGAACACCUUCUGCCAAAAGUUCUCCUUCAUUGAACAUUAGCGAACUCACACUGGGGAGAAACCGUAUGAAUGUAAUGGAUGUGGGAAAUCCUUCUGCCGUAAGUCAGCCUUCAGAGUACACUGGAGAAUUCACACAGGAGAGAAACUCUAUGAAUGUAGUGAAUGUGGGAAAACCUACUGUCAGCUGUGGACUUUCACUGAACAUCAGAAUACAGGGGAGAAACCCUAUGAGUGUAACAAAUGUGAGAAAACAUUUCACCACAAAUCAAACUUCCUUUUACAUCAGACAACUCAUAAGGAGUGAAUUCCAAGAAAGCAGUGACCAACAAAGCAGCAAUUCAAAUAAUUUACACAAUGCUAAAACCUUACGAAUAUGCAUAGACAAAUGAAAUCUUAUAUAUGUAAUUAAUGUGAGAAAUGUUUCUGCCUAAAUAAACUCUCACUAUAACAUCAGAGAACUCACACAGGAGAGAAAUACUGUGUUUAAGGAAUGUGUUAUAACAUUCAGAGUGAACUCUGAAAAUAUUCAACAAUUCAUUCAUGCCAAGUGUGCCUCCCUUUUAAAAUAAUGGAACAAACAUUAUUUAAGUUAAACUAUCUAUUCCUCUCCACAUUAUUACUUGACAGUAUGUAUUCCCAGGUGUAGGGAUCUAACCUUAUUUCCUUCCAAGUCAACACCAAUUGUUCCUACGACAAUUGAGUAAUUUACAAUUUCCCAAUUUAUAGUGUUUUAAAUUCUCAGAUUAGACAGGUUGGUUUUUAACUCCAUCUUCAUAGUCUUCUAGUAACAGACUCCAAUCCUUUUUUCUGCAGAGGUGGCAAUUAAGAGGACUAACCAUGGUACUCAUCCCGCUGGUCCCACGGUGGGUAUUCCAAAGAUGAGCAUUUGAUAAAACUAAGCUAAUGAAAGCUCUUCAGAAGACCUUUAUAAUGGGAGAUAGACAUGGGUUAGCUAAUAUGUGAUCUAGUAGCCAAGUCAAGAAAACAGCAAAUGCAAUAGGAAAAAAAAUGCAGAGAUACGCAGACUUGAGCAGCAAUGAGAAUUCUGACGGUGUUUGAAGCCAGGAAGUGUUUGUCUCCCUGGUGUUCGUAUUCCCUCAUAUCCAGUCACCCCUGUGCUGUCAGUGGUUUGAUUAUGUCAACUAGUAGGUUUUCAAAAUUUUUUGUAUUUUCUAAUAAACACAUGCAUAGAAGUGUUCAUUAGAAUUCACUUAUCAAAUUCUGAGGGGAAAAGGCCUCUGUAAUGCCAAUUAGAAUUACAUCAUAUGUAUAUAUGCAGUUAGGCAAGAUUUCCUGUCUUAUGGAAGGCAGGCAUAUGGGUCCUUCCAUAAGAAGGUGAGAUUUUCCCAUCAGAUCCUGAUUUCCAUGGCUGGGAUUUUUCUCCCUAAACCCAUUCUCGGCCUCUUUACCACGUUAUGCAUUCUGCCCCAGGGAGGAUGAGGUGGGUUUAUCUAAUUGGUAAAAUUGGCAUGUGUAUAUAUACGUACACGUGUAUAAAUGUAUAUAUAUGUGCGUGUAUAUAUGUAUUUUAUAUAUGAAUAUAUGUGUGUGUGUAUGUAUAUACCAGUCUUCCUCUUUUCCUGUGAAGCUUAUUUAUAGUCACUUCAAAGCUUUGGUUGCUUUUGUCAGUGAUAUUUUAUCUUUCACUUUAAAAAUGUACUCUUUAUUGAUGGAUUAAAAAAAUAAUUUUUGUAUGAAAUUUGUCUAUAUUUACCCCUCAGUUUUAAUACUUUUUUGCUUGUUCUUGUAAAAUUCACUGUUUAUUAUAAA